AUGUGUGUCCCCAUUGCGACUAUGGGAACGAAAGCUUUGCUUGGAUUUAAGGCUAUUGGUGAAAGCUCUCACUCGACACUGCCUCUAGAUGGUCCACCUAAAACGAAAGGCAGGGAUAUAGCAAGAUUCAUAAAAUCUCAACGAUUAAAAUGGCUGAUAGAUCUCAAUCGAAUGGAUGAAUCAAAAGCUCUAAAAAGAAUUUUCGAAGCAAGACCACUUUUUCAAAGAAACAUUGGAAGACCAAAGUUGAGAUGGAAAGACGGAGUAGAAGAAGACCUGCGUAAAAUUAAUAUAACAAGUUGGUGGCAACUAACGACAGAUCGAGAAGGGUGGAGGAGAAUUGCGAAUCAUACUAAAGCUCAUACCGGGCUGUAG